AAAGAAUUGACGACUUUAAUGUUUCCAAAUCAAUUUUCUGGGAUAAUAUUCAGUAGUGAUAGCUUCUUGGCUUCUUAGUCGCAGAAACCGUGGAUAGGGGAGAAACCAAUGGUGGGAGCUUGUGUUGCUUUGUCUGCGUCUUGCUGGAGCCUGAAUGGGAGGUUUCAGAAUCUCACUGUUACUGCAACUCAUUCAAACGCUUCUUUCCCCAGUUUCUCAGCGCAGACUUCUCUCAAACUCUUCUCGAAUGGAGCCGCUAAGUUGAUGAUGCCCUUGCAAAGACAGAUUGGUCGGUCCAUUGUGUGCGAAGCCGAAUCCAAGCAGAAGGCUGAUUCGGCUGCUAAAAGGGCGCGGCAAUCUGAGAAGAGGCGCAUGUAUAAUAGAGCUCGCAAAUCAGAGAUCAGAACUCGAAUGAAGAAGGUGCUGGAAGAGUUGGAUAUAAUAAAGAAGAAGAAAGAUGUGCAGCCAGAUGAGAUUUUGUGUGUGGAGAAAUGGAUUGCAGAUGCAUAUUCGGUUAUUGACAAAGCAGUCAAGGUUGGAACCCUCCACAAAAAUACAGGUGCACGGAGGAAGUCUCGCCUAGCAAGGCGAAAGAAAGCAGUUGAGAUUCAUCAUGGUUUGUAUGUUCCUACUAUAACAGAUUCAAUUGCAGCCUGACUGUGGAGAGACAGAUGAGCCUUGUUGAACCUUGUAAUUGACCAACCGUGUUUCUUUCCUUGAAAUUUGAUAUUCUUAUCUCAGUGUUUUGUAUGAUUGUAAAAACAUGGAAUUGAAAGCUGUUAUGUGUGCUCGUUAGUCGGGUGAAAGCUGUUAUCUGGAACAAGCAAAGUAUGAUUUUGCACCUAUACACCACCUGUUGUAGCAACACGAAUGGAGUAUUUUGCUAAGUAGGUGUUUUUCCGUGCUUAUAAGUUGGCCAAAACUGCUUAUUAACAGUUUUUAACUUAUAAGUCAGCUGAUGACAUAUUUCUGUGUGCUUAUAAACUGACUUAUAAGUU